AUGAAAAAGUGCAAGCUGCUUAGAGAAGAUAUUCUUCCAGCUAUGGCAUCAAACAGAAAAGUUCAGAGGUUGCUCAAUGAGUUCAUGGAUCUCCUAUCUGAUUAUGAGAUAACGGAAACAAACUUAGAACAGAAGAAUCUUGUACAUACAACAGUAGUGGAAGCAACAGAUGAAUUGAAUUCUGCCCUGCCUGCAAUAGAUAAAAGAAUUUCUGUUUCAACAGUAACUAAACAAAUGGACUCUGUCCAACAAGCAAUAGAUCCAAGUGAUCCUACAAUGAAAUAUACCGAUCAAACCGACUCCACUCUACCUGUGAAGGGUGUAACUAAAACAAAUAUGAAAGCAAACAAGGAUAAUGAAGAAGGAAGAAUUUCUAUUAAUUCUGUGAAAGAAAAAGAAAAGGGGUACAAAGUAAAAUGA